AUGGGGACUGGAGGACAGCCCACGCGGGGUCACCAGAGACUCUGGGCCUGGCCGGGAUUUCCCAGGGCUGCUAAACCCUGUUACCUGUGGCUGCCUCCUGCCCCGUGGCCACAGGCGUCCAUAGUCCAGGACAUGGACCGUGGGAACGCCUCUUCGGCCACGGACUUCCUCCUGGCCGGGCUCUUCCCUGGGUCCCGGCACUCCCUGCUCCUCAAUGCCGCCGUGGUCCUCGUCUACGUCCUGGCCUUCCUGGGAAACGCUCUUCUGAUCGUCCUGAUCCUGGGGGACGCCCGGCUGCACACGCCCAUGUACGUCCUGCUCAGCCAGCUCUCCCUCAUCGACCUGACACUGACCUCCACCAUCGUCCCCAAGAUGGCCACCAACUUCUUCACAGGGGAGAGGGGCAUCUCCUGGGUUGGCUGCGGGACACAGAGCUUCUUCUUCCUGUUGCUGGGGAUGUCUGAGUGCCUCAUCCUGACCCUCAUGGCGUAUGACCGCUACGUGGCUGUGUGCAACCCACUGCGCUACCCCGCCAUCAUGAGCCCCAGGUUCUGCCUGCACAUGGUGGCUGGGUGUUGGGUUGGAGGCUCGGCCAGCUCCUUAGUUCACACAGUUUACCCUCUGCACUUCCCCAUCUGUGGGUCCCGGGAGAUCCAGCCCUUCUUCUGCGAGGUCCCUGUCCUCAUCAAGCUGUCCUGCGAGGACACGUCCGUGUAUCAGUCCGUGGUGGUGGUGACCAGCGUGGUGCUGCUGGUCGUCCCCUUCGGUCUCAUCACAGCCUCCUACACGCUCAUCUUCCUCGCUGUGCUCCGCAUGAGCUCCGUCAAGGGCAGGCGGAAGGUCCUGGCCACCUGCUCCUCCCACCUCACGGUGGUGAGUCUCUUCUUCCGCCCGCCCAAAAUCUUCAUUUACAUGAGCUUCACCUCUUCCCACAGCCCAGAGCAGGACCAGGCGCUGUCUGUGUUCAGCAACGUGCUCACCCCGAUGCUGAACCCCCUCAUCUACAGCCUGAGGAACAAGGAGGUGCUGGCUGCACUCCGGAAGCUGGCGGGGAGGUGUGGGGCUUCCUAG